CCGGGCCCGGGGCACCCGCGCCCCGGGCAGCAGCCAGCCGCGUCCCGAACGGGCGGAGGGAAGGGGGGAAGGAGAGCGGAGCCCUCUCCGCCGCUCAGAGGAAGGGGAGGGAAUGGGGAAAGUUUAGUGGAGGGUGCUUGAAUCGGGAGUUAUCCCUAAAGAGCCUUUCCCCUGAUCUGAUCCAGAGGGCAGCGCUGGGAGGAGGGGGCGGCGACGACGAACAGCCCUGCAACAUCUGUAAAACUUGAAGGAGGCGGCGGAGAGGAGCGCGCGAGACGGAGAAAAGCGAGAGGGACAACUUUUCCGACACGUAUUAGUGCAAGGAGAGCUGAAGUAAUGAGAAGUCAUCAUGGAGGCGCAGUCCCAUAGCUCUGCCACAACUGAGAAGAAAAAAGUGGAGAAUUCCAUCGUGAAAUGCUCCAGUCGAACAGAUGUCAGUGAGAAAGCUGUUGCCUCCAGCACAACUUCCAAUGAGGAUGAAAGUCCUGGGCAGACCUAUCACAGAGAGAGAAGGAACGCGAUCACAAUGCAGCCGCAGGGUGGGCAAGGCCUCGGCAAGAUCAGUGAAGAGCCUUCCACGUCGAGUGAGGAAAGGGCCUCAUUAAUCAAGAAGGAGAUCCAUGGAUCUAUAUCGCACCUUCCCGAACCUUCCGUACCUUACCGUGGGACGCUCUUUACCAUGGACCCCCGAAAUGGUUACAUGGACCCUCAUUACCAUCCUCCUCACCUUUUUCCAGCAUUCCACCCUCCUGUACCAAUUGAUGCAAGACAUCAUGAGGGACGCUACCAUUACGAACCAUCUCCCAUUCCUCCUCUGCAUGUGCCUUCUGCCUUAUCUAGUAGCCCAACGUACUCAGAGCUUCCAUUCCUUAGAAUUUCCCCGCACCGAAAUCCUGCUGCAACAUCAGAGUCUCCCUUCAGCACCCCUCACCCAUACAUUAACCCCUACAUGGACUACAUCAGGUCCCUGCACAGCAGCCCAUCCCUCUCCAUGAUCUCGGCAGCCCGCGGACUCAGCCCAACAGACGCUCCACACGCUGGCGUCAGUCCAGCUGAAUAUUAUCAUCAGAUGGCUCUGUUGGCAGGCCAGCGCAGCCCGUACGCAGACAUCAUUCCUUCAGCUGCCACUGCAGGAGCCGGGGCUCUUCAUAUGGAAUAUCUUCAUGCCAUGGAUAGCGCCAGGUUUCCGAGUCCGAGGUUGUCAGCUAGACCAAGCCGAAAGCGCACGUUGUCCAUAUCCCCCCUGUCUGACCACAGCUUUGACCUGCAGACCAUGAUACGGACAUCUCCAAACUCCUUGGUCACAAUUCUCAAUAAUUCUCGUAGCAGCUCGUCAGCCAGUGGUUCUUAUGGCCACUUGUCUGCAAGUGCAAUAAGCCCUGCUCUGAGUUUCACAUACCCUCCUACACCAGUAUCCCUCCAGCAAAUGCAUCAGCAAAUUAUAAGUCGUCAGCAAAGCCUAGGUUCAGCCUUUGGACACAGCCCUCCACUCAUCCAUCCUGCUCCAACUUUUCCUACCCAGAGACCUAUCCCUGGCAUCCCCAGUGUCCUGAACCCUGUCCAGGUCAGCUCUGGACCUUCUGAGUCCACACAGCAGAAUAAACCCACAAGUGAAUCUGCAGUGAGCAGCACAGGAGACCCCAUGCACAACAAGCGCUCCAAGAUAAAGCCUGACGAGGACCUGCCCAGCCCGGGAGCAGGAAGCAUGCAGGAACAGCCAGAAGGAAUGACCUUGGUAAAAGAGGAAGGGGACAAAGAUGAAAGCAAACAGGAGCCUGAAGUGGUCUAUGAGACAAACUGCCACUGGGAAGGCUGUUCCCGGGAGUUUGACACGCAGGAACAGCUAGUGCAUCAUAUCAACAACGACCACAUACAUGGUGAGAAGAAAGAGUUUGUGUGCCGAUGGCUGGACUGUUCCCGGGAGCAGAAACCUUUCAAGGCCCAAUAUAUGCUGGUGGUCCACAUGAGGAGACAUACAGGGGAAAAGCCACACAAAUGCACUUUUGAAGGUUGUACAAAGGCCUACUCCAGACUAGAAAACUUGAAAACGCACUUGAGAUCUCACACUGGAGAGAAACCAUAUGUGUGCGAACAUGAAGGCUGCAACAAAGCUUUCUCCAAUGCAUCUGACAGGGCCAAGCACCAAAACAGGACUCAUUCCAAUGAGAAACCAUAUGUGUGCAAGAUACCGGGCUGCACAAAGCGCUACACAGACCCCAGCUCUCUCCGGAAGCACGUGAAGACCGUGCAUGGCCCGGAGGCACACGUCACCAAGAAGCAGCGGGGAGAUAUCCACCCAAGGCCUCCGCCACCAAGAGACCCAGGCAGCCACUCUCAGACCCGGUCACCAGGCCAUCAGACUCAGGGUGCAAUUGGUGAGCAGAAGGACCUCAGCAACACUACCUCAAAGCGUGAAGAAUGCCUCCAAGUGAAAGCAGUCAAGUCAGAAAAACCAAUGACAUCUCAGCCAAGCCCUGGUGGUCAGUCUACAUGCAGCAGCGAACAAUCCCCCAUCAGCAACUAUUCCAACAAUGGGAUCGAGCUUACUCUGACCGGUGGUGGUAGUGUAGGAGACCUCAGUGUCAUCGAUGAAACCCCAAUCAUGGACUCUACCAUUUCCACAGCCACCACAGCACUUGGCUUACAGGCCAGGAGGAAUAUGACAGGGACCAAAUGGAUGGAGCAAGUGAAAUUAGAAAGGUUGAAACAAGUUAAUGGAAUGCUUCCAAGACUGAACCCCGUUCCACCUUCCAAAGCCCCAGCCUUGCCGCCUCUCAUAGGAAAUGGUACCCAGUCGAACAGCAGCUGCAGUGUCGGAGGAUCCAUGACUAUUCUGCCAAACAGGAAUGAACUUUCGAGUACGGACAUCACUGUGUUGAACAUGCUGAACAGGAGGGACAGCAAUACUAGCACAAUCAGUUCAGCCUACCUGAGCAGCCGCAGGUCCUCUGGAAUCUCACCUUGCUUCUCCAGCCGGAGGUCCAGCGAUGCCUCCCAGGCAGAGGGAAGACCACAGAACGUGAGCGUUGCAGACUCCUACGACCCCAUCUCAACGGAUGCCUCCCGGCGCUCCAGUGAAGCGAGCCAGUGUGAUGACUUGCCAAGUCUUCUCAGCCUCACCCCAGCCCAGCAAUACAGGCUGAAAGCUAAAUAUGCAGCAGCUACUGGUGGACCCCCACCAACUCCACUGCCUAACAUGGAGAGGAUGAGCCUCAAGACAAGGAUGGCACUCUUGGGUGACUGCAGGGAGUCUGGAGUAACUCCACUGCCUCCAGUGAAUGUCCCUCGAAGAUGUAGUGAUGGUGGGGCAAAUGGUUACAGCAGGAGGCAUUUUCUGUCUCAUGAAGCUUUAGGAAAUGGGACAAGGAGAGCCAGUGAUCCAGUCAGAAUGGCCUCUGACAACCUCUCUGUCCCGAGAGUCCAGCGUUUCAACAGUCUUAAUAGCUUUAACACUCCUGCUUUGCCUCCAUCCAUGGAAAAGCGCAACCUUGUUCUUCAGAACUACACCCGUUCUGAGGGUGGCGUCUUCCGCGGCUUCAGCUCCCCCUGUCCUCCAAGCAUCAGCGAGAACGUCACCCUGGAGGCUGCUACAAUGGAAGCAGGUAGCAGUCUGAAUGAUGAGGAUCUCCUGCCAGAUGACGUGGUCCAGUAUCUGAAUUCCCAGAACCAGGGCAUGUACGACCAUUUGUUGAACAAUGUCCUAGAUAGCAACAAAAUGCAUCACAGCUCAGUUUCAGGAAACAACAAUUCCAGCAACUUCGACCAAGCCCCUCCACCAAGCAGUCAGCAGGCGGGUCCCGAGGCAAAUAAGAGCGACUUGCCCAUUCAGUGGAACGAAGUAAGCUCAGGAAGUUCUGAUUUAUCUCCUUCAAAGCUGAAAUGUAGUCAGCGGUCAGCAGUGCAGCAGGUUCGGGCCUUCAGGCUGCAUAACAACAUGAUGGUUCAGCAGCAGAACCUGGAGAGAAGCAACAUGGCCCAGCAGAAUGGCUAUCAGAACCUGAUGGAGAACAACACUUCCUACAGUUUACAGCAAAAUAUGACUCUUGGCAGCGGAGCUGGGAAUUCUUUCAGCAUGCAGUCCAACAAGCCUUACGGUGAAAGCAUGGGCAGGCAAGCAAUGAUGUCUGGGGUGACAGACAAUUCCUGUGGCAUAGCAGUGCAAGGGCAGAAGCUGAGAAUCAGCAACAUGUCAGUGAAUGGGAACCAGCAAAAUUUCAGCCAUCCCCUGGUAUCCAGCGAUCAAACCACCACCAGUAUGGCAAAUGGGAUGCAGGACAGGAAUAUGAUGGAACAGGAAUAUUUGCAAAGCCAGCCAGUUGGAGAUGGCGUUCGUUACCAGGGAGUCAAUCAGUCUGGUCAAAUGAUGCUAGGGCAGGUUAGUCCUACCUCACAAGGCAGCCUGUAUCAAGGGCCACAGAGUUGUCCACUGGUGUCUCACACCAUUGGUAGCCAGCCUUCAGGUUUGUCAGUGGCCAAAAGUUACCAGUCAUGCUCUAAUUACAGCAGCAACAGACGGCAAAACAUGUUGAGAAACAACCUGUCCCAACAGCAAAGACACGUAGGUGAUGGCAACCAGACAUACAGGGUAAACACCAUUAAGAUGGAAAUGCAAGGUCAAUCACAGCAGUUCUGCUCUAACAUGCAGAAUUACUCUGGUCAGUUAUAUGACCAAACCAUGGGCUUUAGCCACCAAGCUAUGAAAACAGGUUCUUUCUUUGGUUCAGAAGCCAGCUGCCUGCUGCAGGGGACUGCAACUGAAAACUCAUCUGAGCUUCUUUCCCCGGGGGCUAACCAAGUGUCAAGCACAGUUGACAGCAUUGACAACAACAGUCUAGAGGGUGUGCAGAUAGAUUUUGAUGCUAUCAUAGAUGAUGGGGACCAUGUCAGCUUAAUUUCGGGAGCUCUGAGCCCAAGUAUCAUUCAAAAUGUCUCCCGCAAUUCCUCACGCCUCACCACUCCCCAGACAUCUCUUACAUUCCCAGCUAUGCCUGUAAGCACAACCAACAUGGCUAUUGGGGACAUGAGCUCUUUGUUGACCUCACUUGCAGAAGAAAGCAAGUUUCUUGCUGUUAUGCAAUAGACAUAAAAAACAAAAAACACUUAGGAGAUAACAGAUGGAAAAAAAGACUCAUAUUUUUUAGUUGUGUAUGUAUUUUAGCAAUCUCAUCUCACCUAAAUGGGAUGUGUUUCAAGUAUAUUCCUUUUAUGGAAUAAGGACUCUGAAAACCCUAAAGUGUUCUAGGGAGAAACUGUCUUCCAUUUCAGUUUUGAAUCAGUAUUGCUACGCCCAUUCCCUCCCUUUCUCUCUUUUCUCUCUCGUGCCCUUUUCAAAUGUCUGUAUGCUUCUUUUAUUUUUCUUUUGUUUUUUACCUGUAAACCAAUGUAAACGUGUGAAGUGCAUGUUGUGGGGUGGUUUUUUGUUUUGUUUUGGGGUUUUUUUGUAAAGAAAGGCCUGAUGAAAUGACAAUUUUCUGUUACUCAAAUGAAGCUAGAUCUUGUAAAACUGUUGCAACUUUUCCUUUUGAACCUAUAACCAGGCACAAUGUGAAGUGAGCAUACAGUGAUGAAAUCUUCUCUGGAUGCACUAGACACAUCACACUGAGGUGGAAAACCAGCUUAGAAAUGCACUGCCAUGGUAGCCCUGGGCUGCAGUUUCAGAGACAUGGAGCACAAAAAGUUGGGAGGUUCAAGCAAAUAAGAAAUGUAAAAACCAUUAGCCCUUUGAUCUCUAGCAAAAGCUUAAGGUUUUUGUAAACCCACACAGAGAUAGCUGUUGCUGCCUUGAAUAACAAUACUGAAAUUGUGUCAUGUUCGACCUAUUUCAGAGGAAGGAGAGGACCAGAAAGCUGUUCGUAGUCCAGCUCUCAUCUUUUGCAGUAUUUGGUAUUCUGGUUUUCAGCCUUCUUUUUUAAAUGACUGAAUAGCCAAAUUAUGGGUGUGUAUAGUGACUUGGGUAGUCUACAGUCUUCUCAUUGCAUACCACAUUUGUGGAGAUACAGUCAGGGUCUUAUGAAGUAUUUCAUACAAUGAAAAAAAAAAAAAACCGCAGAAUUUUAUACUGGGAUUUUUUUUUUUUAAUGCAAAUUGUUGAGGUGUAACUUGCUGAGCCACUGGUUCUUAUUUGCUGGAAGAACUGUGUGUGCAUCCCCUUUAGCCCAGACAACUCCAUGGAUACAUAGAGCUUCAAAAACAUCAUGGGCAUGUCAUGUAAAAGAAGUAGAAAAUGAAUGGCUGGCCCAGUUCUCAGACUGGCCAAAUAAAUCAAAGCAGUUGCAAGCAAUCUGAUAAUCUUAAAUGUUUUUCCACUGUGUCCAGGCUUUACAAAAUUAAAUUAAAACUGCCAUUAAAAAUAGCAAAGAAACAAGGGAAACAGCAAGUAUUCACAGAUCACAGGCUAUUCUGAUCUGGAAUUAUUAUCAGGUCCAACUCUUCAGUGAAUGGCCUGUAUGAGGAUCAAACCCACAACUUUGAUGCUAUUAGCACCAUGAUCUAACCAACUGAGUUGUCUGGCAGUUAAUCAAAGCUCAGAAAGACCAACCCAGCUUCUUUCUCUCUCUCUUGGUGACACCAUGUGCAUUUAAUUUCCAAGCAAACCAGUGGGUCAAUGCCCAGGGUCAGUUACACUGGCAAAAAAUUGAAACCAAUGCACUGUGAUCAUUAAGCUACUCACUGGUAGAUGUGAAUGGCAUUUUCUCUGUGAGCACUGGCUUGUUUUUGGCUCUGCUGGGCUCCAUGUCUGCACCUAUGAGUACACAGUGCUCCUGAGUGAACAAGCUGCUGUCAGGAACAAUCACAAAAUCACGGUUUAAAUUCACCCACUCCUAGAAGCUGUAUGGAGUUCCAGCCCUUGAAGACUUCUCAGUUAAAUCCCAGUAGUAAAGUCCUACUAUGGGAUGUAGAUUGUGCAGGCACUUCCAGUCAUGGAUUUGAUGUUUGUAAGGAGCUGAUGUUGUAGUAGACAUACAGCAAGACGAGGGAGCGUAGUCAGUUUUGAAAUAUGGAAAAACUUUAGCCCAGUCAAAAUCAGAAGGUGACUUCUAUAGGCUAGAAAACCGUAGCAUUUUUUUCAAUUGUAAAAGAAAAAGUGAAAUACCAGCUGAUUCAGGACACAGGUAUUUGAGGAAAUGGGGAGGAAUUGAAUCUCAGUGAAGCUGUCAGAUAACAUUGAUCUGUUAAUAGCUGUUAGAGCAUGAAUGUAUAAAUCAGUAGGAAAACAUCAUAGGAAUUUGGUGCAGGGGCCAUAUUUGAGUUUAUCACAGCACAUACCAAAAGAUUUGCACUGUGAGCUGGAAUGUCAGAAAUCAAGACAAAUGUAAAUAUUGUACACCUUUUAUCAUUAUCUAGUUCCUGUCUUUCUUUUUAUGUUUAGCCAUUCUUACCCUGUCCCAUACACACAUAUUCACUCAUCCUGCACUUUUCCCUUUGACACUUCCCCUCCCAGCUUCCCUGCCCCUGGCCAGCUAUCACAGUCCGCCUGCAGUGGUCCUUGGGCUGCAUGGGCAGCUGGGCACAGCUCAGCAUGGAAAAAUGACUGGAUUGCUGUGGCAGUGGGAGGAAGCUGCUCCCUGUUGCCCUCUCGUUGCCCAUAGGGCCUGCAGAGACCUGCUGCCUGUACACAACCAUUGUCCCUGCUCUGCUGCUGGGAUGAGAAGGGAUGCAUCCCACUGGGCAGGUCCCCAGGUGAAGGUAUGUUCCAAGGGCCGUGCUGUGCAUUGCAGUGCUGGGAUACAGCCCUCAGCGCUGCAGAGAAGCAGCACUAUAGGCAUGAGGAAAGGCUGUGCUGGACAUGUUUCAGAUGGUUCUCAGUAACCAAUCCUGGCUGUUUAUUAGACCUAUCAAUUACAUGUUUAUAAACAAUUUCAACAGGGAGACUUAUGACCAGCCUGGGAGUAGGUGGCUUGGGAGAAAAGUCUUUUAUUGUAAUGGAACCAAUACGUUAAAAAAACCCCAAACAUCCCCAACUAUUUUUUAAACUCAAUUUUCCAGUUCAUAAUUGUAUCUGCUGGUGCAAUUGAUGCUGGGAAGCUAUUAACAGAUGUGAUCCAUCAGAGCUUAGAAGGAGCCAUUCAUAUUGCUCCAGGCUAAAAGGGACUGUUUGAGUAGCCAAGUUGCCUUCCUGGAUUUGACAAACCUUCGUCACUCACUUAGCCUUGUCUUGGGCCAACAACGUGUCUUGGCAGAAACCACAUGCUCAAGAAAGGCAUCCCAUUUGAUUUGGCAAAGCUGAAGAAUCAGAGACUCCACUGUGUACUUGGGGAGUUUGUGCAAAGGAUUUAUCAUUUUCACCACUAAGUGUAUGUGCCACUUAUGUUCAUGCUUUUCAGUUUUUAGUGUUUUCUCAUGCUUUUCUGUUUUAUACAAAAGAGCUUGGUUUUGGUACCUAUGAGGAUAGCAAUACAUCAUAGCCCAGCUGUCUUGGGUUUUGGUUCUGUUUUGAUAAGGUAGACUGGUCUCCCUGAGCAUGGCACUGUUACACUGAACGCCAGCUUUCACUUGUGAACCUCCUUCUCAACAUGUGGCAGUUGGGGGAAGUCCCAUCAACACUGGUGGGAUGAGUUUACUAGCACCCCUCUACUCUUCCAGUUACAGAGUUGGUUUCGUGUAUGUGGCACAUCAGUUGAUUUUUGCAGAGCUGUUGGAAACCCACUGCUCACUCAAGAGUACAAGAAAAUGCACAAAAUAUCAUGAAUGUUCUAUUUUUAAAGCAUUGCAGCAUAGAUCUAAAUCGCCGUUUCUUGUAAUGGCUCUGUGAGGGUCCUCCAUAUGCGUCACUGUUGGCCUUGAGCACAUCAGUAACACUCAGCCUGCCUGAAGCAUGUGUGUUUCUCCAGACACUUUUACUUUCCACAAAGUGGAAGUUGCCAGUGAAGAGUUUAUCCAUCAGCUACGUGCAGGUGAAAGAAAGGUGUGUUUGCAGGAAAGUCAGUGGGCUUCCAUGUGGGAGUACAAUAGUCCCACACAUCCACACAUGGCAGAUGAUGUUAUUCUCUCCUUGGGGAAUGGCCCCAAAUAGUACGUGCAUUAAGAUACUGGCUGGCUGCUGACUUCCCGUCACUGAUUCCCCCCUCCUCAGUGGGAUGGCUGGUCAGCUCACCCAUGCCUGUCCCACCAUGGCUUGUCUGCCUGGACAGCAGUGUUUAUAUUCCCACAAUGUAUGUGCCUUAUUUUGCGUUGACCCUGUGAAAGAGAGGGACCAGGAUGUGUUGCCAAAUUUUCCUGAUGAGGCUGUACUUGCCAUUGAGCUAAUAGCACAUACCACUGUUAAUAGUGUCCAAACAUCUUGUAAACCUCUGGUAUUCAUGUGUUAUUGUCCUUGGAUUGGUGGAAUGUCUCCUAUGGAACAGUUACUGUUGUCAGUCCUGCAGAUGUGUAAGAUAAAAAAGUGUUGCUUUUUUAAAAUUUUUUUUAAUUUUUUUUUAUAAAGCUUGUAAUCCUUAAAAAAAAAAAAAAGAGAAUGUGUAAAUACAUUUAUGUACGGUAGGAAUAGUGUUCAGUUGUAACAGACCUUAGUGGUCUUCAUUUGAUAAACCUGCAGUUAUGAUCUGAUGUUUCUCAAGCCUUAGGUUGAUCUGAAGGGUCUGUAGCACUGUGUACAUAUGAACUGUACUUCUGCUUUCAGAACCACUUAGCUUUUUUGUAACAAAGAAAAAAUGUUUCUUACAAUGUCAAUAAAAACAAAAGCCUUUGUACUUAA